CAACGCUUUGUUUACAAGGGAUUUCUUCUGGAGGAGCGAAAUUAAACUCAAACAAUUCUUUCUCAGAUAUUAUCCACCAGGUAUCAUCCUGGAAUAUGAAAAAGGAGGAGCUCUGAAGACUAACUUCAUUGAUUUGUUGGAUUUGUCUCCAGUGACAGACCAAGGAGUUGAUAUCAGAGCUCAGAGAAUCGGAGCCACUGAUCACAGUAUCACGCAUCGAACAAGUCAAACUCUUGAUCCUCAGACUGCAGGAGAAACUGGGUCAGCAGGACAACCGCAGGUUCUACCUCUUCAAGGCGCUCGUGUGACUGAAGUUUUAUAACUGGGAGCUAUGACAGGACAUGUAAAAUAUGGGACACGGCGUCAGACGAGGGACUGCACACACUGGAGGGCCACAGGUACGUGGUGUACGCCAUUGCCUUCAACAACCCCUAGGGGUAACCACCUUCCUGUUAAUCUACCCCAGGUAUAAAAACACCAGGACCUGUAUUCAUAAAGCGUCUCAGAGUAGAAGUGCUGAUCUAGGAUCAGGUCCCCCCCUGUCCAUAUAAUCUGAUUCAUUAUGAUUUAAAAGGCUAAACUGAUCCUAGAUCAGUACUCCGACUCUGAGACUCUUAGGUCCCAGAGAGCCUAAUGCCUAUCCUAUGUUCCUCCGUUGGGAAAGUGUUUUUGGUGGUCAAAAGAAAGUAUUUUUCCUAUCUCAAAUCUUACCGUAAUUUCUCUUCUUUAAUCGAGGGACAAGAUUGCCACUGGGUCCUUUGAUAAGACCUGCAGGAUGUGGAGAGCCGAGACGGGCAAAUGUUUCCACACCUUCCGAGGACACACUGUGGAAAUAGUAUGUUUGGCGUUUAACCAACCUUGGUGGCCACGGGUAGCAUGGACACUACGGCCAAGCUAUGGGACGUCCAGACUGGAGAGGAGGGCCAAUUAGCAGAGAUCAUCUCCUUGUCGUUUAACACAGUGGGUGACCAGCUAGUCACUGGCUCCUUUGACCACACUGUUUCUCUGUGGGAUGUUCCAUCUGGGAGGCGUGUCCACACACUGAUAGGUCACAGAGGGGAGAUCAGCAGUGUUCAGUUUGACUGGGACUGCUCCCUUCUCAUCACCGGCUCCAUGGACAAAAGCAGUAGGUAUGUUUGUGUACCGGAAUGUGUGUGUGUCUCUGCUUCCCCGGGUGUGGGAGGCAGCGAGUGGGAAGUGAAUGGCCACACUAGCAGCCAUGAAGACGAGGUGCUGGACGUGUGUUUUGACUACACCGGUCAACUCAUAGCCACUGCCUCGGCUGACGGCCCAGCGAGAGUGUACAGCGCUGCCAGCUACCAGUGCAUCUCCAGACUGUAGGGCCACGAGGGAGAGAUACCCAAGUUUCUAGGUCAACCCCAUCUUGACGAUGACAUAGAGAGACGUGACCCUGAAGGUGUGUGUCCCUCAGGCCAGAGCGUUCCAGAAACAUCCGGGUCCGUCUGAACUGCUCUACAUACAGGCUGAUUCCUGGUCUACCUGUGAUUCCCCCUUCCCCCGGUAGUCUCAUUUGAUUGGCACUUUUCAUUUGCUCUUAUCUCAGUUCCCUAUAGAGUCAUACCUUGAGCCCUUUAAUGUCACACCUUGGUUGUUUUAUUAACCAAACACGAUGACACAGUCUGCCCCUGCUCACUGUGUAACUGCGUUAGCCACGGCUGUAUAGAACCACAUGUGACCUGGGCCUGUGUUGUAGGUGACCCAGCUGUAACCUGAAUGUGUGUGUGAUUUUACUAGGCUCUGCCAUUUGACUGUUCUGCCAGUGUACGUUUGUGUGUGUAUGUGCAUAUUUGUUAUUGUGUGUGUGUGUGUGCACAUGCCUGCAUGUUGUGUGUGUAUGUGUACGUGUUUGUUGAUCAGAGCCACAGCCACUAGGGUGUCUGAUUCAGACGUAGGAAAUGUAUGCCUUUCCUACACACACCUUUCCUACACACUUCUCAAUAGUUGGUAUUCAGACUUACCUUAUGCAGAUGCGUAAUGGACUUUGCAGGCGUGGUUAACAUGUAUUAAGCUGCUGAAAACCCUGCUACAUAUGAAAACUGCUACAUAUGGUCUGCGUUUCAUAAUUAUUCAAGUAAUUAUUCAAAUGUCCCAAAUUAUUGCACAAUUUGUAAUCCGUUAGCCUAAUAUACCGUAAUCCACUAUUGUUAGCGAUCCUCAGGAACAACCAUACAAACGUGACAGACGAAAGAAAUGCUAAAUGUAAGCAAACUAACACUAAAGUCAGUGUAUGUGGGUAUAAGUGAUGGUGGCUACCAAUAGUGACUAAUAUUUAACAUGAAACAAAUGGUAAAAAUACUGAGAAAAAUCUAGGCAUAUAAUUAAUAAUAAUAUUAUAAUUAAAACAUUCUGGAAAUCAUAUAGUCUCCAAAUGUCAUCCCAAAUUAUAAGGACAGCA